AUGAUCAAGCGCAUGGCGUCCAAGUUCCACCUCCGCAACCACGGCGACACCGCGUCCUCGUCCUCCGCCUCGGCCACCUCCUCCGCCUACACCCAGUCCACGCUCUCGCACGAGACGCGCCUGUCGAUAUCGACCGAGCGCACCUCGCUGCACGAAUGGGUCAAGCACCAGUCUGAGCAGCAGCACCCCGCCGUCCCCGCCGCGGCAGAGGAGCCGGCCACCGUCCAGGUCCGCCGCACGAUGGGCGCGUACCGUCUCUCCGAUUUUAUCAUCCAACGCACCCUUGGCACCGGGAGCUUCGGCCGUGUGCAUCUAGUGCGCAGCAAACACAACCUUCGCUUCUACGCGAUCAAGGUACUCAGCAAAGACCGGAUCGUGCGCAUGAAGCAGGAAACGCAUACCCGCAACGAGCAGAUGAUGCUCAAGGCGGUGCAACAUCCGUUCAUCAUCAACCUCUGGGGCGCGUUCCAAGACACUGCAAAUUUGUACAUGGUCAUGGACUUUGUGCCGGGUGGCGAGCUUUUCACGCUCCUCCGGAGAUCAAACCGGUUCCCCGACCCGGUAGCAAAAUUCUAUGCCGCAGAAGUUGCGCUCGCCUUGAACUAUUUGCACUCGCAAGAUAUCAUUUACCGUGACCUGAAGCCCGAGAACAUCCUCCUGAACUUUGACGGUCAUAUCAAAAUCGCCGACUUCGGCUUCGCAAAAUACUGUAACACUACCGUUUGGACGCUGUGCGGUACCCCAGACUACCUCGCACCCGAAAUCAUUGGGAACGCGCGUUACAACAAGUCCAUGCUCUCUGGCCUGCCCCCUUUCCAUGAACCCGACAUCUCUCCUGUCGUCCUCUACGAGAAGAUUGCGCAGGGCCCGUCGUGCGUCAAGUGGCCGGCGUUCCAUCCCAACGCAACGGACCUUAUUCUUAAGUUCAUGGAGCGCGACCCUUCAAAGCGGUUCGGGAACAUGUUACACGGCGCGGGCGACGUGUUCGCCCACCCGUGGUUCGCGGAGGUCGACUGGAAGAAGUUACUCAACCGUGAAAUCACGGCGCCAUACCUGCCCAAGAUCGCGAGCGACGGUGAUGCCAGCGCAUUUGAGCGUUAUCCGGAGGAAAACGCGGCGUCACAGUAUGGGCAGAUGACCCCAGACCCGUAUGGCGACCGGUUCCCCGACUUCGACUACACGAGCUCAUGA